UUUCCCUGGUAGAUGAAUGAACCGAUAAAACUUACCAAAGCCCCCUUAUUCCAAACGUCACAUAUUUUCAAUGACUGCUGGAGGUUGUUAUUUAUUAUAGUCGGAGGAAGUAUUCGUUUGUCGUUACUAUAAUUCAGAUUUGAAUCUAUAUGAGCCAUUGAAUCGAUAGCUUGAUUUUCAGUUCAUCUCUCAAGUAACUAUUUCACUGGAUUUAAAUGCAACUCUCAACUAAUGACAUGCCAAGGUAAACAGAGGAAAAGUUUUUUCCUCCAAGGCCAUUUUGCACAAGAGUACAUUAAUUAGUCUCUUUCUUAGGGACCGAAAAUAGCUGAAAGAAUUUUCAUUCCAAUCUUAUCUUCAAGAUGGAGGACACAAAAUGGGAGCAGAGACUACAAGCCGUAACCCACAUCCUAACCAGCCCCACAACACCACCUCCUCUCUACUCUCAAUUCUUUAUCUCCACGCAAAUUCCGUGCUACCUCAACUGGGACUACCCACCUAUUCUCUGCACCAAAGACACCAGGAUCUUCCCUUCUCUCCAUCUGAGGUGGGCUUUCUCUCUCUUCGUCAAAAGAGUCACCAGAUUAGGGCUCCCUGAGACUUCUUGGAGGUCCAAAUGCCCAUACCAACAGCCCCCACCUCUGAUUCUUGCAAAGGGAGUAGAGAAAGCACAGUGGGGUGAUGAGCAAAAAAGACAGUAUUUUAGAAAGAGGUUGAGAAGGAAAAGACUUGGCAAUAAUAUUCACCCCUCCAUUCCUAUUUUAGUUCCCAAUCUCUUCCUGUUUUCACUUCUGGUGUGGAACCCAUUUGCUUAUCUUGAUUCUUGAGAAAUAUUGUGGGCUUGUAAUAUGUUCAUGUAAUUAAUAUUGUAAUAAUUUUCCAUUAUGGUUAUUCUGGUUUGGUUAUGAUUUUGAA